AUUUUUUUCUUUGAGUUUGCGUGACUCAUAACUUUAUUUAAAUUUGAACUGAUGUCUCAAUGUAUACCGAAAAACGCUUAUCGCUGGUGGAAAGAAAAAAGCUCCAAUGGGCGAGAGAAAGAGAAGAACUCGCAGAAUUAAACGCUGCGUUUAGCAGAGAUUCCUUUACUGCAAGGUCCAAAAAUGUUUCUAAUCUUCAAUCAACGCCGGUACCAAGAAGACAAAGCUUACCACCUUUAUAUAAAAGCCAAAGUUCCAGUUUUACCUCAAUUGAAAAGCUCGCUGAAAGAGAAAUGGGGGGUGAAACUUCCGGUUAUGGAAGCGAUAAUGUUAAUACAACCCCAGAACAUUAUGAAUCGAAUAAUUGGGAAAAUUCUCUCGGUUAUGAAUCUUCUUCAAGUGCAAGAGAAGAUCGUGCUAAAUGGGGCGAUAGAGGAGUUCAUGUUGCGAAGUAUUGGGAGCCAAAGGAUAAUUUGAACAAAGCGGGAACUCCUGGGUGGGUAAGAAGGGGAUUAGAAGGAAAUACUCAGUUGGAGGUUGCGAAUUCUUCACCGGCGGAAUCCCCAGAGCAAGAUUAUUUAGAUCGACAAAGACCUUGUACUAGUUCAACCGCCUCACAAAUUCGCUGUUAUAUUCGAGGUCAAAAUAUUCCAGUUGAACCUGUAGAGUUAGCGGAAAGAGAACGACGUAGACAAAUCGCUUUGGCACACCAAGAAGCUAUAAGAGAGCAAUUAGAAGAACGAGAUCGUCGCAAAAAAGAGGAAAGAGAAAGACUUCGAAAGGAGGAAUUUGAAGAGGAACAAAGGAUAAAGCGCGAAAAAGAUAUUGAAAGGCAAAGGAAGGAAAGAGAAGAUCAAUUAUUAAAGGAAAAACUUGAACGGGAAAAGAAACGAAAAGAAGCGUUAAAAGAAGCUAUUGAAAUAGCGGAAAAACAAGCCAUUCAAGAAAAAAGUAAAUUGAAGCUGUUGAAGCAAAAAAACAUGAAUAAUAUUAAUAUGAAAGAGAAUGUUAUUGAAAAAGAUAGUGAAAAAUCGCCGAGGAAAAAUCAAAACAUCGAUAAAGAAAAUGUUUUAAAAGAGGAAAAUGAGGAUAAUGAAAAAAUUAAGAAUAAUAUAAACGAAAAAAUUAAAAUUGAUGACACAAAUGAUGCUUUAGCUUUAGUUUUACAAACCCCUUACGAAACACUUCAAAACAUGCAAUUUGCUGUUUUAAUGCCAACUAAUGGAACAACACCGGGACAAACUCUUCCAAUAGCCGUACCUAUUACAGUCUCAACCGAUAGAAGUAACACUUCAAGAACGGAAAAUAGACUGUUAACUCCAAGCCAAUAUAGAAAUAAAAAACUUUGUGAUAGUAGCACGCAAACGGAUCUUUCUGAACUAACUAAAAUAUCAAAUGAAAAUAAAUAUACAAGGGAAAAAUUAAACAGUGUCGAUGGAAAUUAUGAAUCAAAUAGGAGUAGGAAAGAAAGGAGGGGAAAUCGGGGUGAAAAUAUGGUUGAAGGGCGCCCUAAAUGGGGCGUGAAUCGCCCACCAACGAGAUAUUUGAAACAAAGCGAAAAAGACUUGGUUUAUCAAAGAAGAAAAUUAAGACAAAAACAACGACAAGAAAAAAAUUACGACGAAAAGACUUACGAUGAAAAAACUUAUGAUGAGAAAUCGAGUGAUGAUAGUCAAACGAAUAGUCCGAGAACUUACAGAAAAAAUUAUCCGGAAAAACGCCGCGGUAGAGCUUUAUGGAGGAAUAACCAACAACUUUUUAGCCAAAAUAUUCGAGUUUUUCAAAGGGAAAUAAUCCCGUUAGAAUCAGAUAAAGAUCAAAUUUAUUACAAAGAUAAACAGUGUCUUCAUUGUUGUUGUAGAUGUAGAGAAACCAUCGAAAAAUACAACGACCAUUUUAAAGUUGUUGAUAUCCUAAAAAUCGAACACAACACCCCAGGGGAUUCUAAUCAAUUAUUACCCGAUAAUAUUAAUAAUAACAGUAUGGAUAGUUGUAGCGAAGCGUUAUCGACGUCUUUACAAAACGAUUAUUCAUUAAAACAAGAUUGGGAGAAUUAA